GUCUAGCGCGGGCACCCACCAAGCCCUCUCGAACCGGGGACGUGGCGUUCGCGAACCUCGACGCUUUACUCCUCCAUACCAACUGCUUAUCCCUUUCGUUAGUGCGGUGACUGGGUAUCGCUCAACCUGAUGCCAGAGCAGCAGUCUCACAAUGGUCCUACUAAGGAUUCAUCGGUCCGACGUCACCUCACCCUUUUAGCCGUCGCAACCUCAAAGCGUUUCCGCCCACAUGCCUCAUCAGUCCUCUUCCUUACACGCUGCGUAUGUGUCAAAUAUGGCCCGUUUCAACACCUCUCCGAUGCCGCCGCUAUGCAAUUUAUCGCCCCCCAUACCUCCAUACCAGUACCGAAAGUAUAUUGCGUGUUCGAAAAGAAGGGAAUUACAUACAUAGUUAUGUCCCGCAUAGCUGGCUCGCCGAUUGGUCACAACUGGGAACAACGACCUGAAGGGUCGAAAACGCACCUACUGAAGCAACUGAAAACUUAUAUGGAAGAGAUGAGAUCGCUGAAACCUCCAAAUUUGGGUGUGGUUGAAGGUGUUGACGGUGGCAAGCUUUAUGACAUGCGUCUCCCAGACGGUCUGAAGGGAUUUGGGCCUUUGGAUUCAGUUCGGGACUUUCACUCGUUUCUCAGAGGCGGGAUAAGCGCGUCUCCGGAACAGAUCCCAGAGGUCAACGAACUGGUUAAGAAGCAUGAACAGGCCCAAUUCUCCACAUGCUUCACCCACGGCGACUUGAAUAGCAUGAACAUCCUUGUCAAGGGAGGCAAUAUCGUUGGAGUCAUCGAUUGGGACACAACCGGUUGGUACCCAGAGUAUUGGGAAUAUACGACCGCUUAUAACGUCAAUCCGUACAAUGGGUUCUGGAAGGAUGAGAUAGGCAAAUUUCUCAAAGAAUAUCCAGAAGCAGCUGAAAUGGAGCAGCUCAGGCAGAAAUACUUUGGAGCAUUUUGACCGGCAAAUCUGCGGGCCAUCCUUGCUUUGGAUAUUCUUCUACUUCUUUCGAACGAACUAGGAGUAACAUUUUUCCUCAGCCUAAGGUUUCCCCGGUGCAACCUUUGAACCGGAAAUAGAAAUAGGUCUAGUCUGUUGUACAGAUGUCGGUACGCUUCAGGGAAUGACCUCCUUCUCCUCCAACAGAUCAUAUGUCGGCACGGAACCCGCCUUCUACGUACCAGACCCAUCAUAUCGCCUCUGUUGUCGCUUCUGUGCGACAUAGGUAUUCGACGUUUGCCCAAUUCUCUGCCAACCCG